GCGGACGAAAAAAUGGCUAUGGUCAAUAUGUUGAUCUAUGGAGAUAGAAAACCGUAGGAUCAAGAUCGAACGUCGUUCGGACUCUCCGUGCGGCGGCCCGCCAAACAAAAACCACCACCGUCCGCCAGCGCCGCCGCGGUCGUCGUCGAUGGAGUUGGAGCGGAUUCCAGCGGCAUCCGCCAUGGACUGGAGCAUCGACCUCGACAGGGGUCUCCGCUCCCGCCAACCAGCAACGCGCGUCCGCGCCGUCGACGCCGCCGGCCCACGCCUCCGCCAGCUCUGCACUUGCGCCACCGCCCCCGCGCCCGUCGCCUCCGCGUACGGCGUCUUGCCCGGGGAGGCGCGCGUCUUCGCGGAGACCAUGCUCCUCCGCCUCGCCACCGAAUUCAGGAGCGCCGACGUCGCCAUGCGGGUCCGCAUCAUCAAGACCCUCCUCAAUUCUGCCACGGGUCCAGGGGCGCUAGCCGGGGCGCGCAUCACGGAGCCUGACCAGCUGCUCAGGAGGGUCAAGGUGGUCUACGACACUGGGAACAAGCGGGACAGGGCGCUUGCACUGCGCAUGUUCGGGUGCUUCGCCGACAUCGCCAAGGACAGCGUGCACGUCCGCUCUCUCAUACUUUCCAGUUUGAGUGCCUCCAGUGCUUUGGAGGUCAAGGCUGCAAUUUUUGCGGCUAGUUGCAUUUGUCAUCUGUCAGAUGACUUCUCAAGGAUAAUUCUUGAAGUGUUCAGAAGAUUGAUAUGUUCUCAGACAUCAGAGCCACAAGUCAUCAUGUCAGCAGCUAAGGCUUUCUGGAAGCUUGGUUCUACGUUGGCUGUUAUCCAUAAAGUUCAUGAGGUUGGAAAACAGAUGGUUCUAGGCACACUGGAAGACGUCUUCAAAUCUGAAAUGCUCUUUUCACUCUCAAGACUGUCAUCCAAGUCGAUCAUUUUGUUUUCUGACCAGGUGGAUUUAUUGUUACUGUUUAUGGAUCAUAAUUCCUCUUCUAUGAAGUCUGUGGCGUUAAAAUGCAUGUGUUUUAUGUUUCGGAGAAAUAUCUGCCAUUUUCCAGUUAUUAGGAAUGUUUUUGGCAGAUUGUUUCCAUUAAUUGAUGAUGAGGAUUUUCCACUUGACUGUAAGAGCGAUGUGUUAAGGAUUCUGCAGAAGAUGUUAUGCAGUAAAACGUCAAGUAAUCAUCGUGCCAAUGGUUCUGAGUUAUCUAAGCUACUUCUAGCUGCUGAAAGUUCUUUAGAUUCUUCUUGUUUGGAGGUGCAAGGUACCGCUCUGGAAAUUCUUGUGGAAAUCUUUUGUAUUCUCAAGGAAGUUGGGUCAGAUAACAUAUCAGUUCUCAAGGGUUCGUCAUUUGCACAUGCUGAGUGGCAAGGAAUAACGAACAAUGUACCAUUAACUGAAGAUAAUAGUAUGAACGGACCUCUGUGUAAGAUCAUUGCAAUGAUUGUGAAUCAUAUUAUAUCCCUGGCCAAUGAAGUUGCUAGCAGAGAUAUCUGCAUAUCAUCUGCAGUGGAUAAGGCAUACAAAACUCCUUUCAGACUUAUGCUAAAGCUUGUUUCAUGCUACCCUUCUGCUGCUGCUGUAACUCUUCAUAUACUGAAAAGCCUUGUAAAAGAACUGUUUCUAAUUAAUGGAAGUGAUUACUCUGAAGUUUCUGUUACAUCUGUUGAACCAUUCCAGACAAGUGUUGCCCUUAAAGAAUUGAGUACUUCAGAUGACAAUGUUCAACUGUUAGCUACAUGCAUCAAAGCUUCCUGCAUUGGAACACUUAUUGGCAAUGGAAAACUGGAUUUUCUCAAAAUUGAUUGCAAGAAUAGAAAGUCCAUAAUGCAUGAUCUAAUUUGUUGCAUGCUCAAAUUUGCAAAUGCUUGUCAUGAGGUGCUAUGUGAAACAUCUGGUGCUAGAUACAAUCUUCAUGAUAGCAUCAAGGGUCUAAUCAAGUAUGUGCGUCAGGAUGCCCCUCAGCACUGGAGCACAUAUGAAUCCUUCCAUUUGAUAAUGUGUGCUUGUGUUACCCGGAAUACUUGUAAAAUCAAUCGUGGUAAUCAAGAAUCUGGUGAUUCAAAAGAGCAUCAUAAUACACUAUUCACUCCUUCUGUUUGGAUAACUCAGGAAUUAUGUGCACUUCGAAUGACCAAAAUGCUUAUAAAGAAGCAGAAAUACUGGGAAGCUUAUAGGUCUUCUAUGUACUGUUGUUGUAAAGGUCUUUGGUUCACAGCUUCUUUUGUCUUCAGAAAACUGGCAGAUGCUUUUGAAGCAGGCUCUUUCAGUUUUUGGCUCAAAUCGUUGCUACUUUUUUCUGCUGGCGAAAUUGAGAUGAAGCUAUUGUUUUUUUCCUCAGCAACUAUAAAGUUAGUUGGUGAGCUAAAAAUGGAGGGUGAUUUAAGUGAGGAUCUUUACUGUAAUGAAACAGAUGCUGAUAGCACCCUCAGUAGAUCAUCAGAGUUACAUGGUUUCCAAGCAAAGAUAUCUGAUAUUUGUGGCAGAACAUUAUUAGCAAAUAAUGCUCUUGCAUCCAGUGCCUCUUCAGAUCAUGACUUCGUAUUCCAGAGGUGGUUCAUCAGCCUUAGGUCAUCAUUUCUUGAGGUCCUAACAAAAGUUCUUGAUAUCCUUAAUGCACACUCUUCCUAUGAAGCAAGAGGAGACCAUUUAUCUUUGUCUGGAGAGUUUGUCAAAGACCAAGUGCUUGCUUUGGAUCAUUGCUCUCUAAGAUUAAGUGACUUGGCAAAAAGUUAUGACCUUCUUGCUGCAUCCCAUAUGGACCUGGAGCGACAUGGCUCAAGUAGUAUAGCCAGGCUUGCUUUCAUGUGCUCACUUUUGGCAUUUUGUACUGCAUAUUCUGUUUAUUUCUCAAAGGCAUGUAACUACGUAGAGUACUGCAAGCUUCCAAAGAGGUUUUCCCAUGCUUCAAUCCUACAAGAUUUGUAUGGAAGAGUAGAUGGGUCUGACUGGCAGGUUGUUUCCCAGCUGCGACAGUUUAUGUCCACUUCUUUUGACGAACUUGACAGCUUACAGUCCAGCACAUGGAUCAGUGGUUCAUGUAAUCUGGAGAAGGAUUUGUAUUCUCUUUGUCAUUUUGCUGUGGCAUCUUUGCUUGGUGUAUGUGAUAGUGCUGAAGCUGAAAAAAUACAAAAUGGAGAGGAUUGUUUAUCUGCUUUGCAAGGAGGAUUGCAAGUGUUGUCCAGCAUCUUGCAGAAGUAUUUGGAAUUGCCUUUUGUGGUUCCCAAGUACUUUUUCAGAGUAAAGCCUUGCCUUGGUGCUGAACUUUACAUAUUUGAUUCAAAUCAUUUGAAUGAAAAAGGAAUGUCUAUAGAGCCUGGUUUUCUAUUGUCUCUAACCCUCUGCAUGAAGUGGAAGUGUGUGUUAGAAAGAAGCACCAUUCGCAUCGUGAAAUUGUACUGCAUUUUGGCCGCAAGCUUAGAGACCUGCUUGGAUACAGCAGGAACAAGAAGCAAGCAGUUUGAUCAGCACAGGACCGCUGAAAUGGUCGAAUUGAACUCCAAGCUGCUACAGUACAUAAAGAAUGAUCUGAGGAAGGCUAGGAAUGAGAAGAAGAAUUCCCAUAGUGUCAUGGAGAUGGUGACUGCCUUUGCAUGCUUUGAACCAACAGAUAGUGGGCAGGGGUUCUCAGGAUGCCUGCUGGAUGUCUCCUCGUUCCCUGAAGGCUCUUAUCAGAUAAAGUGGCAGGCGUGCUGUGUCGAUGAGAAUGGGUCCUAUUUUAGUCUCCUGCCCCUGAACGAUGGUUCCAUAUUUUCUGUCCAGAAGUCCUAACUCUAACUGAAUGGCCGCUGCGGUUAUGGGAAUGGAAGAUGGAACAUACUCUUCUUGCUCGCAGUGUCUGUUCCUGAGUUCAUUUUUAUGCACACAGAAGGCUUGUGUGUCUAUGAUCCGCCUAUAUGGUCUGGGUUUGACAUGUUCACUCUAUUACUUGUGUUGUGGCAGUAAAUUACAGAGGCCUGGUGCUGAGGCUUGUAGGCAGCAUGAACUGAUGAAUGAGCAGAUGUUGCUGCUGAUCUUCACCUUGCUGCUAUUCUGAACAGAAUCAGCACUAGCAGAUAACAUAGAUCGUUUGAUGAAUUGACACAGGUGUAGCUCCACCUUUUCCUAUUCUGAAUUUGACUUUCUAAUGGCUUUAGUUGAGUUUUAGUUGAGUUUCAACUUGUGUAGAAGCAGUACAGGUUCCAGUUCCCCUGUAACUUGUAGUUUAGAGAAAAAUAGUAUAGUGCUACUCCUACACGGCUAGUACAAGGCAAUGGCUCUGAGCUUCUGGAUACAAUUUUGGAUAGUACUAUUUAUCAUACUUUAACUCGAAUUCGAGUAGAAAUACAUAUAUUGUCGAAUACUAAUGCAAAAUGGAUAUCGUAAAUUUGAAUCCAAAUUCAGAUGUCUAAAUUUUGAAGAUAACAUGUUUUUUAUUGAUAGUUUCGUAGUCUAAUAAAAUCAUCAUAGAUGAAGGAAUUUAAAACAUAGCUAUACAACACCGUGUAUAAAGACAACUAAAAUAUUUUAAUAAUUAAAUAUAUAAAAUAGAAGAAAAUUAUAGAUAAUAUAAAUUGAGUACUAAAUUCAAAUAAAUUUUAGAAGUAUAUAAAUAAAACAAAAUACUAAUUUAGCUGCUUUAUCCAUCUGUCCCUGCCGUGGAUCUGUUUGUUUAGUGUUUGCAUGCGUGCACAACUGCUUGCUGAUUCCAAAUUAAUCACAUCACCAACUCCCUAUCGGCAUGUAGUGCCUCCCUCCCUUUGUUUGUUUGGGAUCGAAUUGGGCACUGAUACACACCACUGAUGCUUGAUAUGCAGUGCUCCCUUCGUUUGCAUUGCCGCCUAUAUAGGUCCCAUAGUUAACUUCGUGUGCUCCCUUUCAUUCUCCUAUGGCAGAACCGGUUUACCACCUUCCGUUUGCUAGAAACGGGGACCAAUUUAUCAAUGUUAUUAUACAAAUGACUGGGUGUGCUGUCAAUUAUAUAAUAUUUGGGAUUACUUGAAUCACUUCUAUGUCACAUUUAUCAGCCAGAGGCAGAUGUUUUUCAGCUGGUUAAUGUGCAUUCUCUGUCUCUGUGGGCAACCUGACCGAUGACAAUUCACAUUGUACACCUGUUUGUAGCGCUGAUUAUUCUUUUAAUGCAGAUUGUGUAUAGGCCUGGCGAAAAAUUGAAUCUACGAGAUUUCCAGUAUCCUGUAAAUAACGUAUCUCAUAUCUCUGGAUGACUUUAUUGCUGACCAACCUGGUGGAUCUCUGACUACUGGAGGAUGCAACAGAACAGAGUGUUGCUGUGGAUUUUAUAAUGUUGGAAGUAGAAGCUGCAUUCAUGUGCGAUGGUGCUUCUAAAAUGCCAAUUCUUUUGUAAACAGAAUUUGUGAUCUUGAAAACUUUGUGGUACGGAGAUACAAUUCUGGUAAUGAGACCCAAGGUCAUGGGCUAGUGAAGAGAUGGUUAGAACUUAGAAGAGCUUAAGGAUGACAAGGAGGAUACACUGUAAGCUGUAUUUGUGUUUAGAGAUCACAUUAUCGAUUCUGUUAAACACAUAUAUUGCAACAUGUAUGCAUCAGCAGACCAGAUAGCUGAUGGUUUUCCACCUUGCCAGGCAUGCAAGUACCGUGGUCACCCUAUUGAGCUUGUCACCCCAAAUAACGCAAAAUGGACUUGUCCAAUAAAUGAACAGCUUGCAGCUUCUGAUGUUACUGACACUGCUGUGAGAAUUGAAGAACAAACAGUGUUGUUUCUGCCUACUUCGGAAGACAGUCCAAACUUGCAGGGAGCCUCUGCGGUUGGGUUGAUAGCCCAGUGGUGAAGGCGGCGUUGUCCCUUUCACCAGGUCAGGGGUUCGACCGUUGGUUCCGCACCCAUAAAAAAAAUCCCCUCACUGUCCCGCCUGCUCUUGGGGAUCGAUGUCCUGUGCGCCACCUUCCGUUUGGGCCGCUGCAGAGUGGACAGUUGUACUCGGGCCGUUAGUGAUGUGGGCCAAGGUUCAGAGGUUUUCUCAGCCAGGACCAGUGGUUUGGGUCCUUUAGUAUUAUACCACAAGAGCGGUCAUUCCCUUCCCGGCCGUUUUUUUUGCAGUGAGCCUCUCCUUCCAUUUCUUUUGAUGUAAUUGAUAGCCUCAACAAACGAAGGAGUCAUAAUGGGGAGGUUUUAUGUUGUGAUUCCCAGUUCAAACGAUGUUGAAGCUUCUCUAACUGAUGAGAGCUCAGAUGGGAACACUCAAAUUUUCUAUGGUCUAUAUGAAACCCUUUUCGAGCUUGACCAGGGACUUGUUUGCUCCUCAUCAUGCAAUAUUGGAAAGAUGAAAAUUGGAACUCUUCAGUGUUACUACCUACUAUCUUCUUGAACAAUCUGAAAAAGGACCAGUGCUCCCCCUGUCAGGGACGGAUCUAGCGGUGGGUGGGCGGGGCUCGAGUCUCCCUACCGUUUCGGAUCCCAUGAAGCCCCACUACAGUCUCCUCUAAUCUAAAAUGUAUACAAUAUAAUGUAGAAUGAGCUUUUAUACUGCAGCAAUUUAGUUCAGUCCCUCCUAAACUUUUUUCUGGCUCUGUCCCUGCCCCUGUUCUAUUUUGAUUUGUGAUGUAGUGAGAGACAUAUUUUUUAUUUUUGUGAAAUGUAUAUUUCACCGCUUGUAGUAAGUAGCCUAAAACCAUAUUGGAUUGGAUUCCUACCGCUGAAUAACUAUCUUUGUCAUAAUGCUUGUACUUCA